UCAUAUGCAAUAGCUCGGUUCUUGUCGACUUGAAAAAACGCUACUUCUAGUUCUACUCAGCGAUUAGGAUCAAUGGAAACUUCUAAAAAGAUCGAUGUUCUUGAAAAGCUCGUCCAAACCUUUCAGCAAGAGAACGCUUGCGAAAUUAUUUCUGGUGAAUUGUCUAACUUGAGACAACACUGUGUUACAAUAAUCAACGAGGAAAGGCUUCGUCGUAUAAAUUCUACUGGCGAUAUUAUGCUACGAACUUGUUUAUUUUCAAAAAUGCAGUUCCCUGAAAGCCAAAUUGAAAGAUCAGGACCCAAUGUCCCUGUUAGUACUUUAGCCAAUGGGAAUUGUCUGUUCAAUGCAUGUUCUAUUGCAUUAGUUGGGAAUGAGACUCUCUCUAUUUACUUGAGAUUCCUAACUAGUGUUGAAAUGUUUGAAAAUGCAAAAUACUAUUCUACCCAUCCUGUCAUCGAGUCCCAGCAUAAAAAUGGUGCGUUCACUUCACUUAAAAAUGCCUUUGCCAUGUGUAUAUCCGAUGCAGCUCUAACCUCUUUAGAAAAUGCGAAUGAAAUUGCAGCAGUUUUACAAGAAGCAGUGGAAACAGCCAAUAAUUACACCUUUUCAUCCUUGAUGUGUAUGUUUGCUUUGUCCACAGUAAUCCAGUGUGCUAUUCAGUCAUACUACCCCAUUACUAAUGAUGCUGAAGUGAAAGGAAAUUGCGAUUCGUUGGCUAAAAUGUUCAAUUGUACAAUAUAUCCAAGAGAUUUUGUUUAUGGGAGUGCAAUUGACUAUGUCCAUAUCUUUCAUUGUGCUGCGAUGCCACCUUCUUAUUUGAAUUAA